AUGGACGAGGAGGAACGGAUAAAACGGACGAGGAGAACAAUGUUGGACCAACUCGAAGAGGAGAGAACUUUUCCCCGCGUGCUCGAAACUAUUGAAAGUGAGAGCGAUGAGGCUGUUGGCGCCACCACUUCUGAUGAAUCUGAUGAAGAGUUGGAGUGCAGUAGUGAUCAUGAAGAAUUAUUAUAUGGUGGAGUACAAUUUGGAGUAGAGUUGUCGGAGGAUGAUGAGUACGAUGAUUUCAACUUUUAUCAGGAUAUGGAAGAAGAUGAAGUUGAUCCGGAUGAAUUAUCGUACGAGGAGCUGCUUGCUCUUGGGGAGAUGGUUGGAGUGGAGAACACAGGAUUACCAGAAGCUGAAAUCACUAAACAUUUGCAUAAUCCACUUACAUGCCACUCUACCUCCAAUUUGCUUAUUGACAGGUGUGUGAUAUGUCAAGUUGAGUAUGAAAAAGGGGAAGAAGAACUAGCUGGCCUACAAUGUGAGCAUCUAUACCACAAGGAUUGUAUAGUCAAGUGGCUUCAAAUUAAAAAGGAAAAAGAUCGUAGGACUUCUUUCGCCAUUUCACUUCGCCUUGCGUUGCUCCAGUCGAACCCCACCCAUGGAGAUACUACGCUAUAUUCGAUUCAAGUCAGUAGAAGGUUUGGAUGGAGGAAGGUCACACCCCUGGAUUGCAGGCUGUUGUUGCCUCUAAAAAAUGGUUGCGGGAGGCUGCAUUGGCUACGUGGUGGUUUAAAAAAGCAAGGGCUCAAUCACUGUUUUGUUUGGGGCGUGGUGCAUCGACAAGUACAUAUCGGGUCUAUGAGGAGGACGGGCAUGCCGUGCUGUUUUCUGGUGGCGUUGAUGUAUUGUAGUCGGGUAUCGUGGGUGCCUCUGCUACCGUGCUAG